AUGUUUUCUCAAGAUAUGAAAUUCUUUUCACUAAUUCUAUUAAUUCUAUUCGUUGCGUCUCAUAUAUCGAUAUCAACAACAUUUGCAACUUCACAAAAUAAUAAUAAUUCAACUCAAAAUGAUAAUCAACAAGAAUAUUUUUUAAUCUUUCGAUCACCACCAUCACAAGAGUUACUAAAAAAUCUUUCAUCACAAUAUUCAAAUGUUGGUGAAUUAAUUACUUUUAGUGAAAAUUUACACUUUUUACCGGGUGAAUUUGAUAAUGAAUCUAUUGAAACUUUUAAAGAUUAUAAUGAAAGUGAAGAAAAUUCUUUGAAUAAUAAAAAAAAUUGGAUUAUUGCUGAAAAUGGAAUUGUUAGAGCUUUAGAUAAUGUAGUAUCUGAUGAUUAUGUAACUGAAAAUUCGGAUUUUCUUAAGUUUAAUCAUGGAAUAUUUGAAAAUAAGAAAAAUAAUAUUUGUGUACAAAACUCUGUUCAAAGUUGGGGAUUAGAUAGAAUUGAUCAACGUACACCCACGUUGUCUAAAACUUAUUCAUAUCCUGAAUCCGCUGGUUAUGGUGUAGAUGUCUAUGUUAUUGAUACAGGGAUCGAUAUCGAUCAUCCAGAAUUCGAAGGUCGCGCAAGUUGGGGCAUAACUACUACUAAACGAAACACAGAUAAGGAUGAAAAUGGACAUGGCACUUUUGUCGCUGGCAUAAUUGGAGGUAAAACUUAUGGUGUGGCAAAACGAGUCAAUCUUAUCGCUGUUAAAUCACUUGACGAUGAAGGAACUGGCUCGGUUCAAAGUGUUCUUUAUGGACUACAAUAUGUAAUUCAAAGUCAUAUGGCUAAAGGUGGCAAAGGAAAAACGAUCGCAAAUUUGUCCUUAGGAUCUGAAUAUAAUAGAGCAGUGAAUCUCGCUGUCAGUGAAUUGGUCAAGCAUGGGAUAAUCAUAACGGCAGCAGCGGGAAAUGGAUAUGACGGAAAAGGUAUCGAUGCAUGCAAUGUAUCACCAGCGAGUGCUCGAACAGCAAUAACUGUUGGAUCAACCACUCCAACAGAUUAUAUUUCGCGUUUCUCGAAUUAUGGUGAAUGUGUGAAUUUAUUUGCUCCAGGUCAAGGAAUCCUCUCUUCUUAUCCUUUUCCAUUAAACGGCUCUUCAAUUAAAUCAGGAACUUCAUUUGCUUGUCCUUAUGUUGCUG